AUGGAUCCUCAGCUCGCAGUAGUCUUGGCUCAGAUUGACUUUGCUCAGAUUCCAUUCGAGAAAUCACGAAACAAUGAGAGGUCCAAUUUCAUGAACCCGGAAUCCCUCUCCUACGUCGGUAACGCCAUCAUUCUCUCAACAUGGCCGCUUAUGGUCAUAUUAUUGACGUUGCGGUUAUACGUCCGCGCUCGUGUAACUCGGUCGUUGGGCCUGGAUGAUCUUCUUUGCGCCCUCGCCGCGUCCACCAUGACCGCCAUUAGUGGUAUAUCCUUGUAUUUAUUCAAGACUAUCCUAGGUCACCACAGUUGGGACAUUCGGCUGGUUGAUGUUACCCCUCAUUUUCUAGGACUACUACCCGUCCUCCAAUACCUAUAUUACGUCGCAGCUCUAUUUGCAAAAUCCUCGAUCCUCAUAUUUCAUCUCAGGAUCUUCAAACCAAACAAGUCCGCAAGGGUCAUCAUAUACGGAUUCCUUGGCCUUGUAACAGUGUACUACCUCACUUCGAUCAUUUAUACCGCCAUCAUCUGCCGGCCCCAGGGUAGCAAAAUGAGCAGCGACUUUGACAUAACGCAGAUGCUCGAUGGUGUCAACUUGACGAGCAUUCUGCAGCAACCCGGACAGAAUGUUACAGACGUUCUGUUUGAAUUAGUAGUGACUGGUAUAACAGAACACACAAAAGAUAUCCGAAAUCACAACAGCUGCUCAAUGCCGCCCACUAGGCUUUCGGCCGUGUCAGGAGUCUUCAAUCUCUUUACGGAUCUAUGCAUCCUCAUCCUGUCUAUUGCGAUGACACUCAGGCUUCGGCUUUCGGUCAGAAAGAGGGCUGGUUUGUGCGCCGUCUUCCUUAUCGGCCUUUUAGCCUGCGGAUUUUCCGCUCUCACCUGUUACUACAGAAUUCAGUCAGUCUUAACGAUGCAAUACGAUUUCACAUGGUCGAGCGUUUUGAGCCUUUCUACAGGGAUCGCCGAGGUCAAUAUCGGUGUUUUAUGCAGUUGCGUGCCGAGCUUGCCGAUUUUAUUCAAGCGUCUCAUUCACAGUGAUACAUGGAAUUCCAUCAAAUAUAUGAUCAGCAAUAGGAGAAAAGGCAGCAAGUCCUCAGAUUCUGCUCGUUCCCAAGACCCGCAAUCAUCCCCUGCAGUGCCUGCGCGACGUUGGUUAAAGGUCUCGGUUGCACGAGGGGCCAUGACUGGAUUGAGAACUCUCAUCCGAGGCGACGAUCGCCCGGAGACCAUCACUAUGGAUAGCUCACAAACCUACGAUGACCUCACUUCCGUCAACGACGAUUACCAUCAGUAUAUCGGGAACGGGCACAAAAGUGCUGCACUCCUUCCCACCCCUGAUAGAUCAGUAUCAGGUGAUACGAGAGACUAG